AUGGAUUAUAUGCAUAGAAUCUUCUACCUAUACUUGGGUCAGUUUGUAGUAGUAUUCAUUGAUGAUAUCCUAGUGUAUCCUAAAUCACCAGAGGAACAUGAAUGGCAUCUGCGAAUUGUGUUGGGCACAUUGUCAGAAAAGCAAUUGUAUACCAAGUUGAGCAAAUGGUACUAUAGGAAGUUUAUACAGGAUUUCUCCCAGAUUGUCUUACUACUGACCAAGCUCACUCAGAAGAACCAACUAUUUAGUUGGAAUGCCAAGUGUGAGGCAAGCCUCCAAGAGUUGAAGCCGAAGUUGACUUUGACUCCUGGUCUAGUGGUUGCUUAUGCCUCACGACAGUUAAAGACUCAUGAGGGGAACUAUCCUACACAUGACCUUAAGCUGGCAGUGAUUGUAUAUGCCUUAAAGAUCUGA